AAAAAAAUAUUCGUUUGAGAGUUUGGGUAUAAUUUUACGUUUAAAAAUGAAUUGAAACGGAGAGCUGAGACGCUGAGUAAACAACCACUGAAAAGAGAGCAACAAGCAGCGGCGGCUAGUCCUCUCUACCUUGUCACCGGUGGGUGAUGGGUAGUCAGCUUCUUCCUGUUAGCUGGAGCAAGUGUUUGUCUUUACCUCACCCCAAUUCCAAUUUCAUUUCAUCACGCCCCAAUUUUCCUAUUUUCCGCUCAGUAUUUCCUCGGAGACCUAUUGGAUGCUCAAUGAAGUCGUAUAAGCUGUCAGAUCUUACCCAAACCGAGAUUAAUAAUCUCAGUGCUCGUCCUCGCAUUGAUUUCUCAUCCAUUUUUAGUACGGUCCAACCUAUUGUUGACGAUGUUCGCUGCAGAGGCGAUGAAGCUGUGAAAGAUUAUACAGUGCGGUUUGACAAAGUUGAAUUGGAUACAGUUAUUGAAACUGUGAAAGAUUUACCUGAUCCGGAGCUUGAUCCAGUUGUCCGGGAAGCAUUUGAUGUAGCAUACAACAACAUCUAUGCUUUUCAUGCUGCUCAAAAGCCGGUUGAGAAAGUCGUUGAGAAUAUGGAAGGUGUUAGAUGCAAACGAGUAGCAAGGAGUAUUUCUUCCGUUGGUCUCUAUGUUCCCGGAGGAACUGCAGUAUUACCUUCAACUGCUCUAAUGUUAUCCGUGCCUGCACAAAUAGCUGGAUGUAAAACUAUUGUCCUUGCAACUCCUCCCACAAGCGAUGGCAAUGUCUGCAAGGAGGUACUUUAUUGUGCCAAAAAAGCUGGCGUGACACACAUACUUAAAGCUGGUGGAUCACAGGCAAUAGCUGCCAUGGCUUGGGGGACUAAGUCUUGCCCUAAGGUUGAGAAGAUAUAUGGACCUGGAAAUCAGUAUGUGACUGCAGCAAAAAUGAUUCUCCAGAACAGUGAGGCUAUGGUUUCAAUUGACAUGCCUGCUGGACCGUCUGAAGUUCUUGUUAUUGCUGAUAAACAUGCCAAUCCUGUACACAUUGCUGCGGAUUUGCUUUCACAGGCCGAGCAUGGUCCUGAUAGCCAGGUUGUUUUGGUGAUUGCUGGGGAUGGUUUAGAUAUAAGCACUGUUGAUGCGGAAAUAGAGAAGCAGUGCAACAAUCUUCCAAGGGGAGAAUUUGCUUCAAAAGCACUGAGCCACAGCUUCACCGUGUUUGCUCGAAAUAUGGUUGAGGCAAUUACUUUUUCAAACAUUUAUGCACCCGAGCAUUUGAUUAUCAACGUGAAAGAUGCAGAGAAGUGGGAGAGUUUUGUUGAGAAUGCAGGUUCAGUAUUUUUAGGGCAAUGGACGCCUGAGAGUGUUGGAGACUAUGCUAGUGGAACAAAUCAUGUCCUUCCGACUUAUGGUUAUGCAAGAAUGUAUGGUGGUGUGUCUCUGGACUCCUUUCUCAAGUACAUAACUGUCCAGUCGUUGACUGAGGAAGGCCUUAGGAAGCUCGGGCCUUAUGUGGCAGUCAUGGCUGAGGUCGAGGGGCUAGAAGCUCACAAAAGAGCUGUAACCCUCAGAUUGCAAGACAUUGAAGUGCAGCAGCUUUCUUCAAGAAGAUGAAAUUCACUGAACCACCCUGUCAUCAGUCAUAUAUUGCCUAUUCAGCCGAUGAAGUAAAAUUGGCUGCAGUAAAUGGUGGCCUAAAGGAAGAGUAAUGUAGUGCUUAGCUGAUUUCUUUAGUAUGAGCAUUUUCAAUGUGUGACAAUGGCGAUUUGAGCAUGCUGUUAUUUUUUCUUCCCGGCAGGACACCAGUUACUCUGCUUUGUUAUUAGUUUUCAGGUUAUGUGACCAGUAAAAAUAAAUAACCCUCAAAUUAUCGAUUGAUGUCAUUUAAUCUGAAGACUUCUCCGGCAUGUCAGGAGAUGUAAAAACCGUCAUAAUCUUGAUAAAUUUAGUGUGUAUAACAGACAAUGAAGAGACAACAUACAAUUUUUCAUACAA